GAGCGCGAGCGGGGCCCGCCGAGGCGGAGGCUGCGUGUCCGCGCCGGCCGAGACUUUGGAGACUGUUGCGGGCGCUGCGCGUUUGGCCGAAGAUGAGAACUUUGUGAGGCGCCGGGCCCGCGAGCGAGACGAUGACCACCCCGGCCCUGCUGCCCCUGUCUGGACGGAGGAUCCCGCCUCUGACCCUGGGGCCGCCCUCCUUCCCGCACCACCGGGCCACCCUGCGACUCUCCGAGAAGUUUAUCCUGCUCCUCAUUCUAAGUGCCUUCAUCACCCUGUGUUUUGGGGCAUUCUUCUUCCUUCCAGACUCCUCCAAACACAAACGCUUUGACCUGGGUUUGGAGGACGUGUUAAUUCCUCACGUGGGUGCCAGCAAAGGGGCGAAACACCCCGGAGUCUUCUGGAUCCACGGGCCCGACGAGCAGAGACACAGGGAUGAAGAAGAGCGUUUGAGAAAUAAAAUUCGAGCUGAUCAUGAGAAGGCUCUGGAAGAAGCAAAAGAAAAAUUAAAAAAGUCGAGAGAGGAAAUCCGAGCAGAAAUUCAAACAGAGAAAAGUAAGGUACUCCAGGAAAUGAAGACGAAAGAGAAAAAGCCACUGCCUCCAGUCCCUGUACCAAACCUCAUAGGAAUAAAUGGUGGGGACCCAGAAGAUAAUGACAUAAGAAAGAAAAGGGAAAAAAUUAAAGAGAUGAUGAAACAUGCGUGGGAUAAUUACAGGAUAUACGGAUGGGGCCAUAAUGAGCUCAGACCUAUUGCCAGGAAAGGACACUCCACUAAUAUAUUUGGAAGUUCACAAAUGGGUGCUACAAUAGUAGAUGCUUUGGAUACCCUUUACAUCAUGGGCCUUCAUGAUGAAUUCCGAGAUGGGCAGAAAUGGAUUGAAGACAACCUUGACUUCAGUGUGAAUUCAGAGGUUUCCGUGUUUGAGGUCAACAUCCGGUUCAUCGGCGGCCUCCUCGCAGCCCAUUACCUGUCAGGAGAGGAGAUAUUCAAGAUCAAAGCCGUCCAGUUGGCUGAGAAACUCCUUCCUGCCUUUAACACACCUACUGGGAUCCCCUGGGCAAUGGUGAAUCUGAAAAGUGGUGUUGGGCGGAACUGGGGCUGGGCAUCGGCAGGCAGCAGCAUCCUGGCUGAGUUCGGGACCCUGCAUAUGGAGUUCGUGCACCUCAGCUACUUGACGGGGGACCCAGUGUACUACAAAAAGGUCAUGCACAUUCGAAAACUACUGCAGAAAAUGGAUCGUCCAAAUGGUCUUUAUCCAAAUUAUUUGAACCCAAGAACUGGUCGCUGGGGUCAGUAUCACACUUCAGUCGGUGGCCUGGGAGACAGUUUUUAUGAAUACUUACUGAAAGCCUGGUUGAUGUCAGAUAAAACAGACCAUGAGGCAAGAAAGAUGUAUGAUGAUGCUAUUGAGGCUAUAGAAAAACACCUUAUUAAGAAGUCCCGUGGAGGCCUCACCUUUAUUGGAGAAUGGAAGAAUGGGCACUUGGAAAAGAAGAUGGGGCAUUUGGCUUGCUUUGCUGGGGGCAUGUUUGCACUAGGAGCGGAUGGUUCCAAAACAGAUAAAGCUGGCCAUUACUUAGAGCUAGGCGCCGAAAUUGCACAUACAUGUCAUGAAUCCUAUGACAGAACUGCAUUAAAACUUGGUCCUGAAUCAUUCAAGUUUGAUGGUGCAGUGGAGGCUGUGGCGGUCCGGCAGGCUGAAAAGUAUUACAUCCUCCGCCCAGAAGUAAUUGAAACCUAUUGGUACCUGUGGCGAUUUACUCAUGACCCAAGAUACAGGCAGUGGGGCUGGGAAGCAGCACUGGCUAUUGAAAAGUAUUGCCGAGUCAGUAGCGGGUUUUCCGGGGUGAAGGAUGUGUACUCCUCUACCCCUACGCAUGACGAUGUUCAGCAGAGCUUCUUUCUUGCUGAAACACUGAAAUAUUUAUACCUGCUGUUCUCUGGUGAUGACCUUUUACCUUUAGACCACUGGGUGUUCAACACAGAGGCUCACCCUCUGCCCGUGUUACAUUUAGCCAACGCCACACUUUCAGGAAAUCCUGCUGUUCGAUGAAAGCGGCUCCAGAAAGACCAUUUUCUCCUGUGUUUUGUUUACAUGGACCACUACAGAAAUUAGUCUGGAGAGGGGCUUUGGAAGACUUGGACCUCUUGGUCAACUUUGCAGGGUGAAACGUGACUCUUCCCCAUGGAACUUUUCCGCUUGUAGAUACAUCACCUUUGAAAUGAUUCCAUUUUAUACCUGACCAAAACAUAAUCUGGUAUGUGUAAGACAGAGACUUGAUGUUCUUUGAUUCUUCAUGAGAUUGUCACAUGAAAAAUUAUGCCUGCUCCGACUACAUUAUUCUUAAAGCGCCCUGGAGCUGGAGGCCAGGCCGCCUGGGAGUGAGCCCAGCGGCGGGACAGAAGCUGCAGGUGGCCUUUCGCCCGAGGGUGUGUCCGUGUCCUCCCGUGGAGCAGCUUUCAAAUCGGCUUUCAGAUAUUCACGCGUUUGCUCCCUUUCUCUCCAUUUCUAAUAAUGGAAUGAACUGAAGUAAACGAGCAGAAGAGGGGACAGCCGCGCAGAGCAGGAAGUCCCGGCACAGGCAGGAGCAGCCCCUCCCCGCCGGCUCUCCAAGGCCCGGGUGACCAGCCUGGCGCCGCGGGCCGCCCCACCGCAUACCUGGGCAGAUUCCGUCUCUGGGGCAUGACCUGCCAGAGAAGACUCUUCCGGCCUCAUCUCCAUGGGGAGCCUCUGGAACCGCCGCAGAGCCGCCCCUCCGAGCAGGCCGAGCCAGGGGCUCUGCGCAUGUCCUUGGGUCGGCUGGGGAGCAUGACCGGAGGGGACACGGGCAGCCCACUGGCCUGGAGGCCUGUUCUGACACACAGGCCUGGGCUUGCUGCUAGGAGAUUAUUUUUCCAGAUCGGCAGAUCUACCGAGUAAAUUGUGUCCACUUUAACCGCGUUAUAAAUUAGUAGCGCCCCUCCGUGUACCACUUUAUUUAUGUGGCUUGGCAGAAUUCACUGUACUGUAUGCAACUCUCAAUUUACCUUGAUGAGCCAAAUUACUUUUAUAACAUUAAAUAAAAAAUAAAAUACAGUGAAACUUCCUUAAAUAUUCUAUCUGGAAUGGGGACAGGAGAUCCCUUAUUUAUUAUCAGAUGAGUGAGCUUUUCACAAAUAUUUUAUGUAGAAAAUAAAUUCAGCUAUUAUUUUCUCCAAGAAUAUUUAUAGAAAUCCAAAGAAUCACAAUGCUUCAAAAUAAUUUUUAGUGAUAAAAGAUUGGUAUAAUUGAGCAUAUUACACUAAAUUUGGGUCUAUCUGAAGGACUUUCUCACCAUCGGUAAAUUUUACAAUAUUAUUUUUAAAGAAACUGCUAUUUCUUUAUAUUUUGGUGGAAGACUUAAAUUUUAUCAAGAAUUCUAUUGUAAGAUAAAUAUCUAACACUGUAUACAUGUUCUGUCCCUUGAGUUUUUGUCUCAGUACAAGAUGUGUUUUUCUUCUUUACACUUAAUACAUGCAGCUUCCGUGGGCAAUAAAAGCUGGGAGUCGUUUAAUUAGCCUAGUGUUGACUCUGAAUUUGAAGAGUUCAUGAACCAGUAUGCCAGGAAGCCCACUUUGGAAUUCCAGUGGCUUAUUUACUAUUAUUUUGAUAGCUUUUAUUUUUAACCUUUUAUUAGCAUGUAGUAGGUUUAAAUCGGGGAAAGAUUUAAUAAAUUAAUAUAAUUAAAGAUUUUCUGAGGUGAGCAUCUCACACCGCCAGUGGCCAGACGCUGCUCAGGCACAGCAGUGACCCAGCCGCGGCCACCACCCUCGUGUUCAGGACGGGGGAGAGGACGUGCGGUCGGUUGGUCGGUCGCUUGAGUCUUCAGUAACAUUACAUGUUAGCACAUGUUUUGACACUGUAAUUAUCUUUUACUACUUGAAAAAAUAAAAAUUUUAAAUGUGAAGGGUAGAUGAUAGUAACUUUGGGAGGGAAAGGGACAGUAUUUGGCUCCCAAGAAAGCAUUGACGCGAGUCCUGAAAAGAGCACAAACCACUUACGCGUCGUCAUUCCACAGAGUGAAAAAUGCGUCGGCAAAGACUCCGCAGCCUCUGGCCGCCUGCGCCGACUGUCUCUCAGAAUAGACGCGUGUCCGCGCCCCCCAGAGAGCUUGUCAAGGGAAGGAAAGAUGGAACCGAGCCCCGGCACGGUCAUACUUUUCGGGGCGGGGGCCAGGAAGCCCACGGUGGGCCAGUCCGAUGCCCACGCAGGGCCUGAGGGGGGUCAAGAGGCUGCUCCACCCUCUCCCCUCCUAGUGAGCGUGAGGGGGCCUGCAGGUGGGCUGUGUAACAGUGCUUCCUCUGUUUUCCUUCUCUGAAUACCAAAGGCAAUUAAAGUCAGCUACAGUCGACUUAUCAGUGUCAUGUUUUAUUUUUGUUAGAAAUUUUCAUACAUACUUCCUCCAAGUCCAGUCCUUUCAUACUCUGUUUAGUUUCCAAGAGAGUUCUUUCUUCUGUCCUUCCUAGUCACUUGCAUUUUGUAGGCCAAUUCAGGUCAAAUACUUAGAGGCCGAGAAGUGCUCCUUUCUAGAUGCGUCCUCAAAGAACAGACACAUCGCUUUGUGCGUUUGGUGCAAAUUCGCAGAGCAGGUUGGUGGUGGUGCCUGGCAGGGGCAGCAGUGGAGAUGCAGGGCGCCUCUCUCGCAAACGUUUCUUUAUUUCAGCAGCACAGUUGAGUUCAAAGCAGAUUUUCCUUUUAUUUCACCAGUAUAAAGUUGGUAAAGCCAAGGAAAUGCGGCCCUAACCAAAAAGAAGUCUGCAGGAAAAUCAGUCCCCAGUCAGAGGAUUCUGCCUUUCUAGGUCACAGGUAUUUGCUGUUCUACGUCCCUGACACGGACUUGUCCUUGUCUUGGAGUAGAUGUUUAUAUUUUAUAUGUAAAAGUGAGACCUGGGUGUUGAAGGAACGUUCCUUUUGUGGCAUACUGACCCUGGUUCUCUCUGCUGUUAUCUAGGGUGACCUGGGACUUCACUGGGUACAUUUUAACCAAGCAGUUUAAGAUUUUGCUCCUCAGUGUGUUGUUUUCCACUCCAUUGCCAAAGUCUUUGUUGAUAAAAGAUGGUGCUUGCCGUCUUCAUUAUGCAGCCUCUCCCUCAGCCUGGACUUCUGCGCGUGAAUGUAUGAGCGAGUCAGAGGACGAGGGGACACACAGAGUGCCCGGCGUGCCAACCUCUGCUGGGCACUUGCCCGUUUUACGAUUCCACUGGCUUCUUUGGUAGACAAGUAGUCCAUACCAUUUUAAAUGUUUCCUAGUGUGAAUCAUGAUAUAAAAUCCUUCAUUUUAUAUUUCAUUUAAGUUAAAGAGGAAAAGAGAUGGUUUGUAAUAUAUUUUAAGCAAAGUGUUACUGUAUCAUACUAACAGCGAUCGUUGCUGUUGGUUACUAAAGUCUUGGAAACCCAUCAGGAAUACUUGAUGUGUCAUGCAAGUUUGACUAAAAUAUUUACUUCAGAAAUAAAGAGCAUUCUUUUUAUUGAAUCACUUUAAGUACUAAUUAGAAAUUAAUGACUUAACAGAAGUGCAGGUUAUUUUAUAUUCCAAAAACCUUGGCACCUAAUUCAUGGGAAAAGUUUGUGGUUGUAAGCUGGCUUUGCUCUGAUACGGGUCUUACUAAUGCCCCCUGCUGUAAGUAUAAAGACAAAUAGACUAAACUAUUUCGAAGUUCUGAGUAACAGUUUCUAGUUACAGUUUUUUGAGUUCUUAUUUUUCUUUAGGUUUUCUUACCUUCUAAUUGGCGAGCUUGUCUUACCUACUCUUUACAUAGAUCUAUCCAUAAAUUAUACACAGAAAUUUUAUUACCGUGUUAAUAAGUAAGGAAUAAUUGUUAACUGGUUUUGGCUGCACACAUUCUAAGCAGAAUAUUUGAGUCACCAAACAUGGUUUGGAGCUAUUUUAAUGCACUUAACCCUGGUUGAGUCAACAUUGGUGAAAGUGAUUUUCUGUUACUUCAGCUCUUUCAAAUCAUGGUGACGACAGACAUACGUGUCUGUGUUGGGUCAGCAAACUUCUGUAAGGGUCAGAUAAUAUUUUAGACUUUGUGAGCCAUACAGUCUCUGCUACUCAGUUCUGCUGUUGAAAAUGGAAACAAGCAUAGACCAAAUGUAAAUGAAGGAAUGUAGCUGUGUUCCAAUAAAAUAAAUUUAUGAAAUCAUGGCAAGCUGGAUUUGGCUCAUGAGUCAUGAUUGUCAUCGUUUGGUCUCAAGCUUAAUUUGCGUAAGACCCUGUGA